AUGUUGCAACCUCGUCACAUCCAGAACUUCUCUGAUGCUAAACAACUUGAACCUCAUUGGGGUUAUGUGAGUAGGGUUUUACCUUGUACAAAUGACGCAGGUUCAUGCGCUUAUCUGGAUAAUGUUUACCAUGGUCAUGACUUGGGUAUGCUUUAUAUUGGUAUCAUUUGGGCAACCAUUGGUGCAAUUUUGUUGAUCUGGGCAAUUGCAAGAAAAUCUAUUCGGCCAAGCAGGGAAAUAAUUGAAAUAAACAAACCCCUUCAAAAGUCAAGGACAUCUCGUCUCUACACAGCAUUCAUUGCUGAGACCCGCAAAAGACUGCUUCCUGACGGUCCGCACGCAAUUUUUGGAAGAGUGUCACGCCUGCAAAUCGUAUUGUUAGCCAUCUUGGCAGGAUACUUGCUUAUAUGGAGCUUUUUGGGAUUCUCAUGGAAGACGUACAAGACGCCCGUAAAGACCAAUCCAGCCCUGCACAAUACACGCACAACUCUUGGUCCAUGGUCAGAUCGUUUGGGCGUGUUGGCAUAUGGAAUGCUUCCGUUUAGUAUUUUGCUGUCAAGUCGUGAAAAUCUUUUAUCAGUUAUUACUGGUGUUCCUUAUCAUCAUUUUAACUUUUUACAUCGUUGGUUGGGUUACAUUAUUCUUAUCCAGUCUUUAUUGCACACAAUCGGCUGGACGAUCAUUGAAGCAAAAUUGUAUCAACCACAACCAACAACUGCACAACAAUGGAUCAAGCAACCGUACAUGAUUUGGGGAUGCGUUGCAAUAAUUUUGUUGACGAUCAUGUGGGUAUUAACAUGGCCAUCAAUCAUCAAGAGGACUGGGUAUGAAUUCUUUCGCAAAGUGCAUUACCUGAUCGCGCUUAUCUUCUUGGGCGCAUGCUGGGGUCAUUGGGAGCAUUUGAAAUGUUUCUUGAUUCCUUCUUUCAUCUUUUGGGGUGUUGAUCGUGCAGCGAGAUUGAUCAGAACAUUUCUCUUGCACUACAAUCUCAUCACCAAAGAAGAUGGAACAACGAUGGCUGGAUUCCAAGUCUCGAGAGCUAGCUCACAAUUGUUUGAAGAUGCAAAAAGUGGUCACAUUGUUCGUUUAGAUUUUGAUCAAAAACAAACCAGUGCUUGGCAUAUUGGACAACACUUCUUUUUGACCUUCCCUCAAUCGUCAAUCUGGCAAGCCCAUCCUCUCACGCCAUUGUCACUUCCAUUUUUGACUGGAGAAGGCUUGGCACGUCAUUCUUACCUCUUCCGUGCCAAGAGCGGUGAAACGAAAAAGAUUGCAGAGAUGGUGAAAGCAUUUCCUCAGGCUUCCACAGAUGUCAUCUUGACGGGUGCAUAUGGUGGUUCAAUUUUGGAAAGUAUCCAGGAACAAGACAAUAUUAUGUGCAUUGCAGGUGGAACAGGGAUCACAUUUGUGUUACCUGUAUUGUUGCAUUAUGCUAGAUUUGCUUUGCCAUCAAAUCGUCAAAUCUCGCUGUUGUGGGUUGUAAGGAAUGCCACAGACGAAGAAUGGAUUCAACCAGAGUUGGACGUGAUCAGACAACAUGGUGGAAUUGAGGUCAUAAUCCGUUCAACGAGAGAUGGAACACCGACCAAAGAAGGUGGACAAUCUUCCAAACGACCAGAUUUGCAGGAAGCAGUACGCUCCUUCUUGGCAACAUGCACUGGUGCUUCCAGCAUAGUCGCAAGUGGACCGGGAGAAAUGUUGACUGAAUUGCGUUCGAUUGUGGCUAAAAGCAACAGUGGAAAACGAAUCAUGCGAGGUGAAAAUGAGGGGAACGUUCGAUUUAUCUCUGAUAAUCGAAUGGAAUGGUGA